AUGAAUGCCGGGGGUCAGAGAAGAAACCCUAGGGUUGAUGAAUCUCUCUGCCUCGAGUCGCUGCUUCUUCCGGUCGUCUCUUCCAAGAAUUCUUCCAUCGAACAUUCCGACACUUCCACAAUCCUGCCUUCCACGAGCUUUACUUCCAUAAUCGGCCCUCCCCCUUCCAGCCCACGCGAGAUCGAAGAUGAAUCCAUCCAGCCCAAGCCACCAAUCCGGCGUUAUCCCCCACCGGAUCCUGGCCUGCGCAUCCGCCACAUCUGCAUUUUUGGCCUGGCUGCAGGAUGGGCCUUUUCCAUUGCCUGCCUAGUGCUGGGAUUGCUGCUGGUGAUCUCUAAUCAUAAUAUGGUGCCUGAAAAGUUGCAGGGGAUGAUAAUUCUGGUCAAUUUCCUCCAAAUCAACAUCGCUCCCGCCUCGAUCGACCUGGCCAGCCAUCGCAUUUUCCCGUUUCCGGCGGGUACCUCGAUGGCCCUCAAGCUGGUCAUCAACCUACUGGCCACCAUCAUCGUCGACACGACCAACUACAUCCACGCGGUGAGCCUCAAGUGGGCGCUGCUCGGCGAGCGCCGGCUGGAGUUCAAUUCCACCAUCCGUCUCAUCACCUGCACGCGGUCUCAUGGGCCCAACAGUUGGUACAUGAAUGCCAUCUCCCUCGUGGCACUUGCGCUGACCUACGGCGCCGUCUCGUGUGUUGUGACGGACGUGACGACCAUCGGCCACUGGGAUCCGCAGGCAAAGGAGUUCAUCACCCAUCCGAUGCGCCAGACGCUGGACUAUAUCAGCGUCAAUGGAGCUGUGCUCAUUGCACUUGGAAUUGGCAUUUUCGUUCAGGUCUGUAUCUCCACCUACUGCCUCCUCUAUGACGGGAGACGAUCAGCAGUCAGGACGUGGAGUCGUAACACCCUUACCAACGCCCAGCUCUGGGCAAAGGCCAUGGAAGACGAUGACGAUGAUGCUUCUCUCGCCGUGGUGGAAGUAUCUGUGCAAAACGAACAGGCUUCGAUGCUAGAAAUAGCACCACAGGUGCGACUCCUCCGACACCUCAUCUGGGGCGUCUGUCUCUUCCUUUCUCUCUGGUCUCUCGCCCAAGGCAUGGCGACAGCCACCGCCGGGCACAGCAUGAAGGACACCGUCGACUCUCUGCCCAGGCCACUGCAUCACUGGCGGUUCUACGGCGCGUAUUCGUGGGCAUUCUCCGACCAGAGUGACCCAUACUGGCUCGGGCUCAUCAUCCAGACCGUCUGCCAGUCUUUCAUCACCUUUGCCCUGCACUGCGUCGAACUGCUCUUUAAUCUCUCGCGCGACGAGGCUGCCUGGCGCCAGACGGAAUCCAUCGGGGCAGAGAUCGACCAGUCCUUCUGGUCCACCCUCAACUGGCAGAUCUUCCUACUGGUGAUUGCCAAAGCCACUGUGCACUGGGUGUUUGGGUACGCCAUCUCUGCCGACCUCACCUUCAACAUCUCACUCCUUCCAGCCAUCACUUUGGCGGGGAUGUUCGCCCUGCUGGCCCUCUUCGUCGAGUACAUGGUCAAGAAGAGACCAUUAGGCUCCCUUCCAGCGACGUACGGCUGUUUUGCGCGUCUCGCUGAGCUGGUCGACGACUGGGACCAUCCCCGGCUCUUCUGGGGGGACCGGGGGGCUUUUGAUGCCCAUCGCCGGCGGGCAGGCACUGCCGGACGACGCUUAGCAGAUCUGCAGCCGGGAAGUGAUUAUAUCAUCGUUAAACAUACUGAUGAUUUACAGCAUAAUGAUUUACAGCAUAAUAAUUUACAGCGUGAUAAUUUACAGCAUGAUAAUUUACAACAUGAUAAUUUACAGCAUGAGAGUAUUACAGCAUGA